ACGGGUUGUCUGUCUGCCACCACCAAAUUGGCCACUUCUGUGCAGGACUGUGCGACUGACCGAGCUUCUCGAACAAGAAAUACCAGCAUCUUCAACCCACUUCGGGUGCAUGCUGUUCACGCUCACAAGGCUCUCCUUACGGUCUUGCGUUUCUUCACCCCAAACUCGAUACUUGCUAUACGCCAUGCCCAAAGCCGCAAAAAUCAAGGUCUCUACUAAGGCAACGGUCGCCGUUGCAGGUACCUCAACCAGCACUAGCGCCUCUGGCAAAGCCGUCGCCUCUAUCUUCCAGAAGCGCACCGAACGCAAAGCUAAAGCCACUUUCGAGACGGCGGAGGCUACCGAAGAGAGACGGCUGGAUGUCGGUACCCUCACCUGGCAGAAUCUGGAGAAGGAGACGAUGGAGCCGCAGUGGCAUCAGGCGCUACAGGCCGAGUUUGGCAAGUCAUAUUUUCGUCAGCUCAAAGACUUCCUCACGGCUGAGCAUCGGUCGAAUACCAUAUACCCGAAGAUGCAGGACGUUUAUUCCUGGUCGAACUAUACCCCUUUAGACAGCGUUCGGGUCGUCGUCUUGGGACAGGACCCAUAUCAUAAUGUGGGCCAAGCUCAUGGACUAUCGUUCUCGGUCCUGCCGCCGACGAAACCACCGGGCUCGCUGAAGAAUAUAUACAAGCAACUGAAAGAGGACUUUCCAGAAUUUGUGCCACCGAAGGAUAGAGGUGAUCUCUCUCCAGUCGCAACACAGGGUGUGCUAUGGCUGAACGCAUGCCUAACCGUGAGAGCCCACAAAGCAAACUCGCACUCGAAGAAGGGCUGGGAGCAGUUCACUGCGCAAGCCAUUCGCGCUGUCCUGGAUCACCACAAGGAGCGAGGCGUGGUAUUCAUGGCGUGGGGGCUACCCGCCCAGAAAGCGUAUGAGAAGCUCGGGAUCGACGAGAAGAAACACCUUGUGCUGAAAUCUGCACAUCCUUCGCCUCUAUCGGCUCAUCGCGGGUUCUUGGGUAACGGGCACUUUAAGGCGGCGAAUGACUGGCUGCGGGAGAGGUACGGAGAGGAGGGAACGAUUGACUGGAUGGUUUUGUGCAAAUGAAGAUGUAGACCUGAUCCGCUUGAUGAAUGGAGUGAGGCCGGGUCAGAUACAGCCGCGAUCCUAGUACCCGUCUG